AUGGCCCCAAUAUUACCACCAUCAAGCAACCCCACUCAGAACAAUACCCAAGAUGAAAUGGGACUAGAAGAUGUCCACUCCCGACCCCGGCCCCGACCCCGACCCCAAAGAUCCCCAUCCGAGCUCACCCGCCUCAGAGUCCAAAACCGCCGGCGGGAGUACCUGAGCAGAAACCCGUCCUAUUUCGACCGGCCAGACCACGAGCUCUCGGACCCCCUCCUCCACGAUCACCUGAUCCGCCGCUUCCUCACCCCCCGGGAGCGGGAGGCAGACUCCAAGUCCAAAGGGUACGCCCGCGUCCUCGAGGGGUCCCUCCUUCGGGGCGAGGAACGGUUGGCAAAGCUCUCCUCGGAGAGACCGGCGGGGGAUGAAAAUGAAGCCGCGGGGACGAGCUUCACCUCCUUCAGCGCCGAGUUGUCACCCCCGCCGGAGACAAAAGAGGAGGGGGAGGAGAGGUGGAGGGGGUUUCUAAGGGAUCGGUUUGUAAGGGGUGAGGAUGAGGAUUUUGAGUAUGACGAGGUCGAUGACAGGGACGAGCUUGACGAGUUGGAGCGGAGGGAGAGGGAGGAGGAGUGGAUCGAGGGGGGGGAACCGGGGUGGGCUGACAGUGAGGGUGAAGGAGAAGGAGGGGGGAGGGUGGGGAGGGUGCUGACGGGGGAGACGGGGGUGCAGGACUUUUAA